UGAUACAGAAAAGGCAAUUACUUCUAAAAUACAAAAAUAUGUGUCAUUUUGAUAUUCCAAAAAUAUAAACUUUAUAAGAAUUGGCAAUUUUGAUUGUGAUGUCAAUUUCUGAAACGAAGGACUGAAACUAAAAUGUCUGUUAGAAUUUUUGGGAAGUUUGUAGCAAAUUUUAAAUUAUGUUUAUCAAAUAGUGCUCGAUCAUGUAGUUAUAUACAUGACAAAAAUUUUUAUUACUUCAGAUGCAAAGAUGAAUAUAAGAAUUCAGUUGUGCUGCUAAAUAAUGAUUUAAAUAACUCUAAAGUAGAAAGUUGUGAAUUUUCCUUGCCUCCAGAACAAAAUAUUCAUAAUAAUGACAGUAUCUUAUUACCUUUAAUGCAAAGAGAAAAUGUUAUGAAACUUUCUACUUCUCAGAUAAAAGAAGUAAUGUGUUUAAUGGCAAAUACAAAAGUAGACAUUUCAAAGUAUACUUCUGCUGUAAAGUAUUUAGAUGAAAAGUGUGCACUUGGAGUAGAAAGAUGGCCUUUGGAAUUAUCUUUAUAUAUGUUGGAUGCUUGGAUUAUAGUUUUAGGGCCAAAAGCAUUUAGGAAACAUUAUUAUUCAGCUGUUACAAGUGUUUGGAGUAGAAAAGUGACAAAGUGUUCAAAAGUUAAUUUAGUACUAAUGCUUUACUUUAUUGGUUUGAGUAAAUCACGACCACCAUUUUUAAUGGAAAUAUUAGAGAGUAAGUUGGAAACAUUUAUUUCGGAUUUCUCUGAUGAAGAGUGGGCCAUAAUAUGCUUAAGUUUUUUCAAAAUUAGCAAAAGAAUUAAGUCUGAGUUACUGCUGAAACAAUCAUGUCAUGCUGCUGUGAACCUUUUACAGAAAAAUGAUCGUUUUAAUCUUAUAAGUGUUCUCAAAAUUUUAAGAAUGUCUAAAUUCUAUGAUUCUGAUUUGUGGAACAAAUUACAGGAUUAUGUUUUAAAAGAACAUAAUUCUUUUAAUUUUGUAGAAUGUACAAAUUUUUUAGCUGUAUUUGCUGAUCAAAAUAUCUAUUAUAAAGAAUUGUUUAAUUGCCUUGAAAAUCAAGGGAUGUCAGUUCUCUUGAAUGAAACAGUUGAUUCUAAUAUAAAAGCACAUCCUUCUAUGCGAAGUCGUGUAAAAGAUAUUGCUCGUUUUUUGUGGGCAUUGGCUUCAGUUGGACAUGAUGUUAAAGCAUCAAAUAGAAAUUCUAUAAUAAAUAUUCUGGAUGAAAGAUUACAGAGUGGCGAAAUUAAUUCUCAGUUACAUAUUCUAGUUGAUUCUCUUCAAUCUUUAAUACUUCUAGGCUGUUAUCCAAAUAAACUUUUAUCUUUUGCUUUGCAGGCAGCAUGUAUUAAUACAAUUUUCCUUGAAGAUAAAGCUAAACCAAAAUAUCAACUGUAUUUCAUUCAAAAAAGUGUACAAAUAGAAGAUCCUCUUGCAUUUUGUUCUGAUCACAUGAACAUAUUGCAUCCAAUUCCCAAAAACCUUCAAAAGGAUAUUAUGAACCGAAAAGGUUUCAAGGCUUUUACUGACUAUCUAGAAAAAAAGCUUAUAAAAAAUGAUUUUGAAUGUUGCUAUCUAAUACCACAUAUUAUGAUAGCAGGAAUAGUUAUAAGUUCAAGUGAUAAAAAUAAGUUAAAAAAUUCAGCUGUUGAAUCAAAAGAUGAAGCCUACCUGUAUAAGAAGUAUGCAGAAAAUGGAAUUAUUUCCAAGCAUCUGAUAGACUUUCUUGAAGAAAAUAAAUGUUAUACAUGCAUCGAAAUAUUAGAUCCAAGUGUUUGUAUUCAUGGAAGUAUCCAGCCUAUAGGCUUGAUGCAAACAAAAAUUCGUCAACUUACCAAAUUAAACUUUCAAGUUAUUACAUUAUCUACUGAUGAAAUUGAAGUUUUGAUUAAAAGGGAUUCUGUACCUUGUAAAAAAAUAGCAUAUUUAAUAAAUUAAUAUUUUUUUAAAUAA